AGUGCCGUCUUGGUCACUGGUCAUCCACUUCCGUUACGGAGAGGUGUGUUUACAUGCGGUGUCGGCUCGCUAACGGGACCGUGUGUGGGUCGAUAUUGAGUCAGAAACGUUACCAUCACCGUCAGAGAGACGCUGAGCGGGUUCACAGCUCCCGGUUCAUCUCCAACACGACCGGAAGUUUGAUCCGUUAAAGAGAAAACGGUGAAGAUGUCUCUGCCCGGUAAUGCUAAUGCUAAUGCUAAUGCUAACGUGGACCAGAAGGUGUUGCAGUAUGAAAACUUCAUCAACGAAGUUCUGAGGAGAGAUUUACAGAAAGUGUUGGAGCAGAGAGAUUCUGUUUAUGAGAAGAUCUCCCAGUAUCUGCAGCUGAAGAACACCAUUCAGUCUAUACAGGAGGCGGGAUCUCAGAAGCUGAAGGCCGACGUGGAUCUGGGCUGUAACUUCUACGUCCAGGCUGAAGUCGAGGACUCAUCCAGGAUCUUCAUGGCGAUCGGUUACGGGUUCUUCGUGGAGAUGAGUCAUGAAGAAGCUCUGAGAUUCAUCGAGAAGAAGACGAGUCAGCUGACAGCCUUCACGGAGCAGCUCACCAAAGACUCCGCCAAAAUAAAAGCCAACAUCCGCAUGGUGCUGGAGGGUCUCAGGGAGCUGCAGGGACUCACUGACCUGCCCGACACCAGGAUAAGAGAAGUUUUCUAGACUUUUCCAGGUGUUGGUGGACCUGCAGGACGGACGGAUGUUUAGAUACUGGAGGGAGGAUUCAUGGAACAGCAGGAGGACUGAAGUCUUUAACUCUGGUGAAAUGACAGAAGCCUGCCUGAGGGGGGCGCUGCAGACCUGUCAGGAGGCUGCUGCAGCUGUCCACAGCUGUAAUGAGCAGAUGUUAAUGUAGAAAUAAAGAAGCUGAGUGUUGGAUCAGGAGUAAUAAAGUCUCAGGAAUGAAAACAGGAGCGAUCGGAGAUGCUCGGUGACAACAAUGAGCCCGUUGCCACGGAAACUGGAUGCUAUGGAGGCAGUGGCUAAAGAAGAAGCAGCGCGACGGCGACUCUGGAAAUAGACUCAAACACAGAAACGACAACAAGAGUGAAGCUGGUUCACAGCUGAGUGUGUUCACUGACUUCAGCCAGUCACAGACGACGACAGAAGAAUGAAAGGUUAAUAAAGAAGACUCCUCAGAGAAGCUGAGAGGAGCAGUUUCAUUAUUGCUUCAGUUUGAUGAAUGAAUCCAAACAAGCUGAAUUAUUCUGAUAUGAAAUAAUCAGUGAACUGCUGCUCAGCGGCUCCUCGGCAGGUUGUUGGUUCGAUGACCAUGAGAAUGUUAUUGCCUUUUAUUAUUGUGGUUUUGAUGAUAAAGAUUUAGAAUAAUGAAUCAUAUUUUAUAAACAUCUGGUCGCAGGAAGUUGUUAUGUUGCAGUUCACACAUUUAAAUGUGAAAUAAAGAUAAUGAUAUCAAACAGUA